UUUAGUUUAUAACCAGCAUUAGUACUGCAUUGUCAGGAGCUGAUGCAGGCUCUUCUUUGCCAUGCCUGCAGGAGUGCCUUGGCCUCGCUACCGGAAAAUGCUCACUGCAAGUAUGUUGGCUAUGUUUGCUGGUGCAGAAGUUGUCCAUAGAUAUUACAGGCCUGAUCUCACAAUACCUGAAAUUCCUCCCCAACCUGGAGAACUAGAACUCGUAGGUCUUAAAAAAAGAAAUGACCGAGCUCAGCCCUCACAACAAUGACUAUGUCAUUCCUCC